AUGGCUUUAGAAGCCAUAGCUUCCAGUGAGCCCUUCAACUUCAUCAUCUAUGACACCAUCUCCGCAACCCCUUACAGCUGCCAGGACUCUCCGGCUCCGGCUGAGACCAGCUUCUUAAUGGAUAACUGUGUGGCUACUGCUACUCCUACCAUGAACGCGGCCGGAGCUCAAGAUCAAAACCAAAGUGGUAUUGUUGCUUUAGAGAGUUGUACCACACUCGGAACUCGAAGCCGCAGCCUGACGGCUGUGACUCAACAGCUAGGGAAGAAGACGAGGAAGCGAAAGCCGAGGGUUUGCAAGAACAAGGAAGAAGCCGAGAUGCAGAGAAUGACUCACAUUGCUGUUGAGAGAAACCGCAGAAAGCAAAUGAAUGAGCAUCUCGCCAUCUUGCGAUCUCUCAUGCCCGAUACUUAUGCACAGAGGGGCGACCAAGCCUCUAUAGUGGGUGGUGCCAUAGAAUUUGUGAAGGAGCUUGAGCACCUUUUGCUGUCCCUUGAAGCUCAGAAGCUUCAACUUCUACAGGCCAAUGUUGUUAACGAAGACAGCAGUAAUACUUCCAACUGCACAACUUUGGAGCCAAUUAUAACCCCAUUGUUACCAUUUUCAGGGUGUGAUAUUUCCCUAGGCCAUCAUUGCUCAUGGUCUCAGCAGCAGACCCCUAACAAAGUCACAUCAAAAACUAAAGCAGACAUAGCUGAUAUUGAGGUCACAUUGAUUGAAACACAUGCAAACCUUCGAAUUUUGACGCGAAGAAUUAGCCCAAGAGAGCUUUCGAAGUUGGUUGCAGGAGUGCAAACGCUUCAACUUACCAUCCUUCAUCUCACUGUUAACACUAUGUACCCUUUUGUUCUCUACUUCAUUAGUGUCAAGAUUGAAGAAGGGUGCUCGCUCACUUCAAUAGAUGACAUAGCAGCAGCAUUUUACCACAUGCUAGUAAUUGAGGAAGCAGCUGCCUUGUGUUAA